AUGAAGAGUAAAAAUGUUAUUCAUACUGAAAAAAAGAACCCAAAGAAAAAAAAAGACAGUGAUAAAUCUGAUCAUGAACAAAAAGAACAUAUUAAAAAAAAAAAUGACAUGACUAAAAAAAAACUUGAAAUUGACAAUAAAAAUAAAUUGCAAAAAGCAGAUUCCAAAAGUAAAAAUGAUAUUGAUGUAAAAAACAAAAAUGAAAGAGAUAAUGAUGAUAAAAAAAAAAUAACAAGUGAAACGAAAAAAAGAAACGAAAAUGACACUAGAGCAAAAACUGCAAGUCUUGAUAAAAAGCAGCACAUUUUAAAGAAUAAAAUCAUACCCGAGUUAGGUAUGCUACACAAGGAACUGGAGGCCUUUCCGGAUUCGAAUGUGCAUACAAAAAGUGACAAUUUGUUAAUAAGUGCACUAAAUGUUGAGUUAGAAAAAAAUUUUAAAAAUGUUAUGGGGAUAGAUUUAUGCAAUGACUUGAGUACCCUGCUUUUUAAAAAUUCCCAAACUGUGUGCGUAGAUAAAAGUUACUUUUUCUCCCUCAUUCAAAAAUACUUAAGCUCGGACGAGUUUCUCCUAAUCAAAAAUGCGUUAACAAAAUACAAACUUGAUGAAAUAUUAAUUUUCAAGAAUUUGCAUAAAUAUUACAAAAAGAAUUAUGCACUGGUUGUCGAUGAAGAGAUAUUUUCCUACUUUCUCAUGAAAAGUAAAAGGUCUGUUGAUCUCCCAGACCUCAAUAUGAGGGAAAGCUGUCUCAACGAAAAAUCCACAGAAAAACAAGAGCUAAGUUGUGUUUUCUUAAAGCCAAAAAAUUAUGUUUCAUCGUACGAGCAACAAAUUGAAAAAGAAAUAAGUUCCAUGAAUGUUAAUGAAAAUAGGAAGAAAUUCAAAAAGCGUAUAUAUAUCAGUAAAAAGAACAAAGGGGAAGCCACCCUGGAGUUUGUUGAUCAUGGUAAUUUUACAUCCAUUAAGGGUAAUGAAUUGGCUAAUUCAGCAAUACGAGCAAAAACGCUAGAUUUUUUCUCAAACAAUUCUAUCAUACAUCAAGAAAAAACAUGUCAAACAUAUAAAGCAGUUUACAAGCAUAUGGGAAUUCAAUAUAAUAUAGAAUUCUUAAAAGAGAAAAAAGAAGAAAUAUUAAAAUCAUACAAAUUGCAUAAAUUUCUUCAUAGACUUUUUCCAGUUAUAGAAAAAUACAUAAUUGAAAAUAUCAUAAUAACAGAAAAAAAGGGACAACCAAACACAGAAAUUUUGGAUAUAUUAUCAUUUAAAAGUGUCAAAAAAUUAAAUAAAAUAUUCAUAUAUACAGAUGUGAAAUACACAACAGAUAAAGUAGUCUUGUUUACGCUGUAUCUGUCUUUAAUAAAUUAUCUCAUAUUUACUGUAUAUAUAAACAAUUACAAAAAUGACAAUUUUAUCGAAGGGGUUAAUACGGACAGCUACAUCCUCAUUUGGUCCUACACCAACUACAUAAAUCCAAUAUACGCCUUGAUAUCUCCAUAUCAAAUUUCCAGUGCUGUUAUAAAUGAAAGGGGCUAUGACUUUGUUAUCGCCGGAUGCAGUAACGGAUUGCUAGUCAUUUGGAAACUACCCCCCAAUUUUCAUGCAAAACCGCUUUUAGAUCCCAAAAUAAAUGAAAGAACUGUCGACUUAGAACCCUACAUAUAUAGCAGCAUAGAGCAUUCACAUAAAAGAGAAGUGACGUCCCUUGUAUUUCUAAAUGACAAAACAUUAGUUCUAAGUGAAAAGAAAAUAUCUAUUAGCAACCAGAAGAAUUGCCAUUUGUUGAUCUCUAUUUCAGUCGAUGGGACGAUACUAAUAUGGGAUACAACAAACAUAGAAAUAGUUGAAGUUAAAAGUAGUGCAAAGAAAAAAGAAAAAGAAUUAGUUGAUGACCUAUACAGUUUCAAGCCUCUAUUCAAAAUAAAUGCUACGAGACCAAAUACAGAAUAUUCAUUAGGAUUUACGUAUUUUCAUUUUAUGGAGUUAAAUUCGAAUGUUUCCUCCUUUUUUGCCUUUUCAGAAGAAGGAGAAUACGUGGUUGGAAAUUUGUAUGGAUGUAUGCAAAAAGAAAAGAACUAUUCUAUUAUAAGCAAAAUAAAUGAUGACUAUAAAAGUUUUAAGACACUAAUAUGCGUAAAGAGAAAUAACAUCAUUAAAUAUUUAAUUCUAACAUUAACUGAUACGAACUUUUUUCUGUGGAAAGAAAGCGAAGAGCAUCCUCUAUAUAUAUCACCCAAAAGUAAUGAAAUAUACUCCUGCUGCGAAUUCAGUCAAAGUAAAAUAAGUGUUAUAUUUGUUGGAAAAAUAAAUGGGCAUAUAGAAAUAUGGAAUCUAAUGGAACGAAAAAAUAGUUGCAUGUACUCGUUGUCUAUCAGCAGUUAUAGCUUGACAUGUAUUAGUAUCUUCCAGAAUUUCGAUUCUAGCUUAUUUAAUGCUUUGAAAAAAAAAACGAAUAUUCAAAAAAAUCAUAGUGAUGAUAUCUCCUAUGAAAAUUCGGAAACAUUUGUAGACACCAAUGAAUAUUUGAUUAAUAAGGAUGAAGAUGAUGUAUACAAGUAUUCGUAUAACAAGAUUAUAAUUGGAGACUCAAGUGGCUGUGUUUUUGUUUACGAAAUAGAAGAAAAUCUUUUGAAUUCGGAAAAGGAAAAAGUGCUAAGGAACGAAGAACAAAGCACAAAUGAACGGAAAGAACAACUAAAGAAUAAGCUUGAUGAGGACUACAAAAAUGCAUUGGAAAAAUAUAGAGGUUAUUUGCUUGGGAAUAAAUUAUAA